CACCAGUGACUGCAGGGGCUCCCCUGCUUGGGUGUGUGCCUCUCUAGGCCAGAAAGGGAGAAGUAGGGCAUGCAGAUAGUAUGGUUUGUGGCCAAAGAGGGACAAUUGAAAAAAAAGGAACAGUUGAGCAAUAAUUGUUACAUCCUGAUAGAGCUAAAGCGGAAGAUUGCAUAGUUUAUGUGAGUUCACGGUAGAAUGAGAGGAGAAAUCGAGAAUUAAAUGCAUUAGAAGCACUGUCAGAGUGCCAGCAUUACACUGCACUUAAGAAAGAGAAAGAGCAAGUAACAGUGAGAGAGUGGCGUCUGAAAACAGGACAGAGGAGAGGCUGCUUCUAGUUUGCUCUAAGCUUGUUACUGAUCUUACUUGAAGGCUUCCUGUGUCAGCAACAUGGGAAAAUCAGCCUCAAAGCAGUUUGCUGAGGAGGUGCUGCGGUGCCACAAUGACUACAGGAUGAAGCACCAGGCUCCUCCGCUAAAGUUGAGCAGCAAGUUGAGCAAAGAGGCUGCCCGUUAUGCUGAAAGUCUGGCCAGCACACGGAUCCUAAAACACAGUGUGGAGUCCAGUAGAGGGAGCUGUGGCGAAAACCUGGCUUGGGCCUCGUAUGACCAGACAGGUAAGGAUGUGGCAGACCGCUGGUAUGAUGAAGUGAAACAGUACAACUUCAACCGUCCCGGUUUCUCCUCUGGCACCGGCCAUUUCACAGCAAUGGUGUGGAAGAGCACUAAACAGCUGGGUGUCGGUAAGGCCAUUGCAUCAGAUGGUUCUUCCUUUGUGGUGGCCAGAUACUCCCCAGCAGGGAACAUCACCAACCAGGGACACUUUGAGAAUAAUGUCCUCCCAGCCAAAAGCAGCUCUUAAAGAGAUAUUGAUCUCUUGGCCUGACUCGGGCCAGAAAAGGCAUUUAUUCAGUUUUCCAGAAGAGAAGUUGCCUGCUUGAACUGCUGUGCAGAACACUGAGGUGAUAACCACUUCUUGCUGUACUACAAUUUUGGAUGAAUUUUGAUGAUACAAAGCACUCAGACUUUAAGUCCUAUGUUUAUAUUUUGGAAGGAUCUGUGUGUGUUCAUAAUGAAAGAUUUACCACUGUUUGAUGUUUGCUAACAGUACAUUUCCACUGACCAUGCCGACUGUUUAAUCUUGUUUUAUAGUUUUUUACCUAUGGCAUCAUUUUCCUUUUAAUACGAUCACAGACUGAAACAGACAUACUGUCCUUCACAUCUGCUUUUGUGUACGUGUGGGAGUUAAUUCAGUCAAAGGAACAGGCAAUACUCAUUAACAGUCAUUGCUUGUAAUUUGGUGAUUCAUCUGGAUCAGUGUGCAGGCUUUUUUUUUAACAAAGCACCCAGUAAAUGUCAAAUGUAGGUAGAUCACUCACACUAGCAAGUAGAUAUUUGUACUGAAAAUGUCAUGCAACAGAACACUGCACUUUAGUGUCAGUGACACAUAUACAUAGUAUUAUUUUCCCUUAUUUUUUGUAGUUGUAUUUAAGUUUUAACCAGUGAUCAGUCACUGUGUUCUUGCCUCUACUUGUCAAAACAGACCCAGCAAUUCCAUAUCUAUGCCUUGUAUUUUAACCACUUUUGUACAAUAAAAAAAAAUCAUUUGGCAUCUCUCUGGGAUUGUUUUUUUCUUUUAUGGGACAUUGUUAUAUGUAAGAUGUGAGGGUGAAUUUUCAUUUUAGGUCACAUACACUUAAGAUUGCCUUCCAAAACAUUAAAACAAUUACUUGUAAUGUUUGUUUAAGAUACAACCUGUGGCCAAUUUAAUAAAGGUCAUCGAUAUACAAUAUACUGUGCCAAGCAUAUUUUAUACAGUCUUCAUUUAUCUCACACAGUUAGGCAGUUUUGUCUUUGUACAUGACCACAGCGGAUUGGAAAUCAGCUGAUCAUAAAAAUGUAUGCGUGCAGACUUUCAGAUGUAAUUCAAGGGAUUUCAGAAAAAAAAAAACUGCAUUAACUAUUUUGGAAUUACUGACAUUUUUAUACACCCACCUCACUCAUUUUCAUAGGCUCAAAUUAAUUAACAUUAACAUGGUUUUUAAUAUUUGGAUAAGUAUUGUUUGCACUCAAUGACUGGCUGAUAUCUAGACCAAAUUAAAGUCAAUAAAUGCUCUGUUCUUCUGAGCCUUUAGUGCAACCACCUUCAGUCGCUGCUUCUUUGUGGGUCUUUCUGCAUUAAGUUUUAUCUUCAAUAACUGAAAAGCUGCUCUACUGAACUGAGAUUAGGCAACUGACUUUUUACAGAACAUCCCAUUUGUUUGCUUCUUGGGCUGCCUUUGCUGUUUGCUUUGGCUUCUUACCUAAUUGCUUUGUCUGGGUCAGUCAGAGUACAGCCCUGUACACUGCACAGUUCAUCCUGCUGCUUCUAUCAGCAGUCACAUCAUCAAUAAACAGUAUUAACCUAGUUCCACUGGCAUCAUAACCAUGUUUGACAGAUGAUGUGGUAUGCUUUGGAUCAUGAGCUGUUUCUUUCCUUCUUCAUACUUAUUUCCUCCACCACUCUGGUACUAUAUAUUGGAGAUAAAUUAUCUGAAUUUCAGGAGCGGGACCACGCCUCCAAACACGCCCCUUCUGGGUCCUAUCUAUAUAUGACACACACCCCCUCUCCUGGGCCUGGCAGAUGGGGAUCUGCCAGGCCCAGGAGCUGCCGCCACUCCCCUUCGAGGCCUUCCCCAAACCGUAGCUCAAUUCUUGAUUAAGCCAUUCGCCUCUAUCUACUAAAAACUGCUGCCCAACCUAAACUGAGGACAUGGGCCCAGCUAGUGAAUAAUCUUUUAUCUGUUUUCUGGAAAAGUCUAAUUUGGAUUUCUUGUUCUUGGCUGUAACUGGUCUUUUGCACCUUGUUGUAAAAUGUCUGUAUUUCUAUUUUCUGUAUUUGUGACGGCAUCUCUUGAUUGUAGACAAUAAAGCCUACCUUCUCA